CUUUAAAGUCAUGACCUCGCGCGCCUCCACCCGUGAACUCCAUUGAUUGACAGCGAAUUAUUGCAGAGCUAUGGCAAUUCAAGUUUUGAAAGAAAAGAUAUUUCAUUUUGACUCGGCGAUGGUGCGCGCAUCAUGAGUAUGAUUCUAUGAAACCUAUGGAUUUCUCGUGAACAAGGAAGGAUAGGCGUCAGCUGGGGACUUCGGCGCGAGCCCACGCAGGACACCCGCGGACCGGGGGGGGGUCCACGGCAGAUCGGUCAUGAACGCGGGGGUCCGGAGGUGCGCGAGAAAUACCCUGCCAAUCGGAGGAGCUGUCACGCCACCUUCUCUCAACGCCGGCGAAACUUUCCUAUGAAACUGUCACACGCACGUUUUCGCGAUUUUGACACAAUCCGGACGUGUCACGUGAAGUCGGCGAGAUAUCAUAUAUAUAAUAUAUAUAUAUAUGUAACAGAAGAGGCGAGCUGGAGAGCGCUCACAUCAAGUCGGACUGUCAGAUGGAGGAUGACAAAGGGAAGAGCGCCUGGAAGCCCGAUCACAAGUACGCGCUCUGGUACCUGGGCUGCGCGCCGCUCGACCGGAGGACCACCCUGCCCAUGCUGCCGUGGCUCGUGGCCGAGGUCCGCAGGCGCGCCGAGACGAGCGGAGCCGGUCCCGUACAGGCCAGGCCGGUGGAGCUCACCCUGGUCCCGCCCGUGGUGCGCUGCGUCCCCGCGGACUCCCGCAACGCGUCCGUGUUCAUAUUCGAGCACCGAGCGCAGUGCAUCACCCGCUUCGUGCACAGCAGCCACGACCACGCGCACUUCGCGUACCUGAUCCGCAGCCAGCCCGACAACCCCGAGUCCGAGACGGCGUGCCACGUCUUCAGGGCGUGCGAGCCCAGCCAGGUUCCAGAGAUCAUCAGCAGCGUCAGGCAGCUGUCGAAAGCUGCUCUGAAGGAGGAUGCGAAGCCCAAGCAGGACACAGAGGAGGCCUUCUACAACUCACAGAAGUUUGAGGUGCUCUACUGUGGCAAAGUAAUGGUGGCUCACAAAAAGGCCCCCUCCACGCUGAUCGAUGACUGCAUGGACAAGUUCCGGCACCAUGAGGUAGAGCGAAAGCGCCUCCACCUGCUGAACGGCAAGCGCAGCUCUGUGGAUUCCUGCGUUGAGUUCAUCGUGGGUGACGGGGAGUUGGGUGGCAGGCUAGGGCCAGGGGAUGUUGCAGCCAGAGAGGAGGAUGAGGGGAAUGAGGAAAAGGCCACUGGAGAGAAGGGUCUUAGCAGUAGCCCCAGCCUGAGCAGUCUCCGAGGUGCCCUGCCCGACUGUAUCCUGGAGGACUCAGGACCAGAAGAGCAGCCGGAGUUUCGUGCUAGGUGUAACAGCCUGAAGCCCAGGGAGACGGGAUACAUGGUCCCAGAGCGCAGGAGGCAUGCUAGUGCUCCAAGCCACGUGCAACCCUCCGACGCAGAAAAGAACCGGACCAUGCUCUUCCAGGUUGGGCGCUUUGAAGUAAAUCUCAUUAGCCCCGAAAGCAAGACAGUAGUGCUUGAAAGGAAUUUUAAAGAUAUUUCUUCCUGUUUGCAGGGAAUUAAACAAACAGAUCACUUUGGUUUCAUCUGUCGUGACCCAGGGGAGUCUGGCCUAAGUCAGUAUGUGUGCUAUGUGUUCCAGUGUGCCAGUGAAUCUCUGGUGGACGAAGUCAUGCUGACUCUGAAGCAGGCCUUCAGCACAGCUGCCGUUCUACAGAGUGCUAAGACCCAGGUGAAGCUGUGUGAAGCCUGCCCCAUGCACGACCUGCAUAAGCUCUGUGAGAGAAUCGAAGGUCUCUACCCCCCGAAGGCAAAACUGGCCAUUCAACGAUAUCUCUCUCAGUUGACCGACAAUGAACAGGCUGAUAUUUUCGAACGUAUUCAUAAAAUGAAACCUGCAACUGAUCAAGAGGAGAACGAGUUGGUCAUUAUCCACCUGAGACAGCUGUGUGAAGCAAAGCAGAAGACACACCUUCAUAUAGGCGAGGUUCAGCAGCAGAACACCUCAAACAGCACUGUUUCAGACAGCAGUGCAACCGGGGGACGAUUCAAGCUGGACAUCUUUAAGAGCAAAGCUCGUAGCUCCUUGACCAGCUCGCUGGAGAACAUUUUCUCAAGGGGUGCGAGCCGAAUGCGUGGGCGACUCGGGAGCAUGGGCAGUAUCGGAAGCUUCGAUCAGGAUGACAUCUGCACCGACUCUCCACCUGGGACACCUUCAAGUCUCUUCCCGCCGUUUUGUGAGGAGGACCCAGAGGAUCAGCAGUUCCGACAGCGCGCCCAUACCCUUAGUCACCUGCCUGCCAAGAAGAGGAUCUCCUUCAGCGAAGCACAACCCCCAGCUGCCAAGGCUCCGCUGCGCAGGCAUCAGUCUCUGGCCCCCGAGCUGCUCCAGAGCACCCCCGGUGACGUCACAAGAACACACAGCCUUUCAGAGACCGAGCCCUCCAUCAGUCUCCCCUACUCCUUCUCGGCUCCUAAUUUUCUGAAAAGCUUUUACCAGGGUCCCCUGGGUUCACUGGGGUCACUGGUCGACAGCAGCAUCCUCAGAAGUAACUGGGAGGGAAGGAGGAGGACCAUCACCGGCUGCUGCGGUGACCCUUUGAAUGUCACUGCUACGGCUCGCAAAAUCUCCUGGCGUCAGAAGAUUUUCCUCCAGGUGGCCUCUCCCACGAACAAGCCCCUGGGCUCUGGGCCUCAUCCAGAUGGACCAGACGCAAGGGAGCUCCUGCCCUUAUCCCCACGUGCUGCGCCCAGCGGUCAGGAGUCCUCCACCAGCCAGCUGCUUCCAGAGAGGACCCCCUCAGGGACACGAGAGCACCGCUCCCCAGCCGAAUACCGGGACCUGUGGAGAGAGACCAUCCACCAGCAGAUCCUGCUGCUGCGCGUGGAGAAGGAGAAGCAGCAUGAGGAGGUGAGGAGAGAUGAUUUGCAUGUGCAAAAAAUGAAGCUGGACUACGAGGAAGUGGGCCCAUGUCCCGAAGACGUGCUGGCCCUGUGGGAGAAGAAGCUGAGCGCUCUGAGCCGAUCCAAGGUCCAGUGGAGUACAGAGGAGGCCCAGAAUGCGGUCAGCGUGGGUGUCCCAAAGAGCCGCCGUGGGGAAGUGUGGCAGCUCGUUUCCCAGCUGCACCGGCUGCGUCAGCGCAUCCCCUGCCGAACGCAGCCCACCGACACACCCUACCAAGACCUGUUGAAACAGCUCACCGCCCAGCAGCAUGCCAUCCUCGUUGAUCUGGGACGCACUUUCCCCACACACCCAUACUUCUCAGCCCAGCUGGGGGCAGGCCAGCUGUCCCUGUACAACCUGCUGAAGGCCUACUCCUUGCUGGAUCCCGAGGUGGGCUACUGCCAGGGUAUCAGCUUCGUGGCUGGCGUGCUACUGCUACACAUGGGUGAGGAUCAGGCCUUCGACAUGCUCAAGUUCCUCAUGUAUGACCUGGGCCUGCGCAGGCAGUACCUGCCCGACAUGGCCUCCCUCCAGGUCCAGAUGUACCAGCUGUCCCGACUGCUGCACGACUAUCGCUGGGAGCUGUACAGCCACCUGGAGCGGCAGGAAGUGAGCCCGAGCCUGUAUGCCGCCCCCUGGUUCCUAACCCUCUUCGCAUCGCAGUUCCCCCUGGGCUUUGUGGCCCGUAUCUUUGAUAUCCUGUUCGUCAAGGGCACCGAGGUCGUUUUUAAGGUAGCCCUGUGUCUGCUCAGCAGCCAUGAACAGGAGAUCAUGGAGUGCGACAGUUUCGAGACUGUGGUGGAAUAUCUCAAGAGCACCAUACCAAACCUCACCCAAGCCCAAAUGGAGCACACUAUCUCCCAGGUGACGGAAAUGGACAUUUCCAAGCAACUCCAUACGUAUGAGGUGGAGUACCACGUUUUACAGGACGAGCUGCUGGAGACCGUCCGCCUGCCUGAUGACGCCGACCGUCUCGACAGACUGGAGAGGACCAACAGUCAGCUGAGGAAGCAGAACUUGGACCUUCUGGAGAAGCUGCAGGCUGCUCGAGUGAAGGUGCAGAGUCUGGAGGCGAACGUGGAGAACUUCCUGUCGCGGGAGACCAAGAUGAAGCACGCGAUCCGCUCCCUGGAGCAGGAGAAGGCCUCCUACCAGAGGACGCUGGAACGUCUGCGCGGCUGCCUCCCUCCGGGGGCUCUGCUGGACGUGGAGCUCGCCGAGAUCAGGCCCGGCUCCAGCAGCAAGCUCAAAGCCGCACACAAAAGGCCCUGAUGAGCAGCUGCACGAGGCGUCCUUCCUUCGCUCGGUGGAAAUGCAUCUGAGCAGGCUUGAAUUUAGAGUGCUCCUCACAGUUCGUGCCCAGGACUCUGUGUGUGUCCAGAGGGGCUAGGGCUCCCGCUCAGCAGCAUAGGACUCUGGAUAUCCGCUCUUGGCCUCGUUGGCAUCUUGGAGGUGCUUCCAGCUGAGCUGUGUACUGUUCCGCGUGUGUCUUCAAUCUCGCAUUGCUUAACUCAUUUCUGUGGCACUUUCACUGUUCACCCCCCUGUUAAUGUUUUAAUCAGACAUGGUCACACUCUUUACACUCUGCUGUGAUUUAAUGAGGAAAGAAAACAAGAUUUCUUUUUUUUUUUCCAUUUUAAAUACUUGAAAAUGAAAUGAAUGUACUUUCCUUCCAAAGAACAUUAUGGUGUUGUGAGGGGGAAAAAAGUCGGAAAAAGACUUGUUGUCUAUGGAGAUACAUAAAGCUUUAUUCUUCA